CGUGUCAAUUCCAAGCAAACAAAGAAAAAUAUCUUCCACGAGGAUGGAAGCUCUCAACAUUGGUUAUUUACUUGUUAUUUUCUUGUCAUGUUGUUAUUGCCAAAGUAAUGUAAUCGAAUCUGAAAGGUCAUUGAAUGAAAAACAAGACGUGAAAGUUUCAUCCAUUAAACUUGAUAAAAUUCUAACUACGCUGUUGUUGGUUCAAAAUGAUGUUCGUAAUUUGAAGCAGAAAGUCAAACUAAUAGACACAAAACUUUUUACAGACGAGGAAACGACGUGUAAACGCAAAGACGAAACAAGAGAUUACAUCAUUCAAAACUGCGGCAAUAAUACUCAAAAUUUCAACACACAUUAUACAAUCGACGGAGAUUACGGCAAAUUUUCUAAACAAGGCUUCUGUCGUGUUAUUAUACCGAAAACUGUUGACGGGCAAAGUUAUAAAAUCACAGCAAGACUGUACAAUAAUAUUGGACCACAAGGAGUUAACUCUGGAUUUCUUGGAUUGGCAUAUAAUGUUCAGGAUGAAUUUAACUUUGAUUUUGUUUACCUCAGAAUUCAUCGCCCGGAGACUUGCUUUCGAUCAGGUUUCUUGCAAAAUGGAAAAGUUAUUUGGACCGGUGGAAAAUCUGGAACGUGUCCUGAAGGACCACCUCCUGGAAGAAAGUGGUUCAAAAUGCAGAUCUUCGUGCACGAAUCAGCUGCAGUUCUCUACCUUAACGGUAUUAAAACGACCAAUUUGACUCCACAUUUUCCUACUCUUGGAAGAGGAGGAGUGGUGGUUGCGACUGGUCAUCGAAAUAUUAUUCAGUUUAAACAUUAUGACAUCACUACGAUCAAUAAAUCAAACUUCAAAUUUUUUUCAUGUAAAUCGUACAACCGAAUAGGAGAUGACUAUUAUCUAGCUGAAGGAGAAAAAGGCGAAUGGCCUACAGCAGGUUUUUGCCGCGCUUUGUCCAAGACAGCACUAAAACGUGAUAAUUAUGCGAUUUCGGUGUCCUUGUAUAAUCAAGCUUUACACUCAAGAAAUGAUCAUGGAUUGAUGGGUGUCAUGUACAAUGUGUUGAACGAGUACAACUACGAUUUUGUGUAUUUCAGACCAAAAUCAUAUGGAGGGUGUUAUACCACUGGAUAUGUACAAAACUCACAAUUACAUUGGGUUAAUUCAAAAGUGGGCUCAUGUCCAGGUGGGCCGCUAAAAAAGAAUACUUGGAUCAACAUUACUGUCAAUGUACGCGGACACAGAGUAACAGUCCUUGCUGACAAUAAGCAUAUUGUCGCAUCAACAACGCACUUUCCGCCGACAGCUCGUGGUGGUGUGUUGCUAAGUAACGGUCGACAAAAUGUUGUUGCGUUCCGGCAUUUCAAUAUUAUACCCAUUAAACCGGAUCCUUUUUCUUUCCAUAACUGUGCUGAAAAAACAAAAGAAAUUGGUGACUAUAUUGUGCUGGAUGCACAACACGGCAAAUGGCCCGAAGCAACCUUUUGCAAGGCUAUCAGUAAAAAAGUAACGAGAGGAAAACAUUAUUUCUUAUCGUCUGAACUUUUCAUUCAAAACACUUUGACUGCUCAAGAUUCGAAUUAUUUUGGAUUGAUGUUCAACGCUAAAGAUGAAAAUAAUUAUGACUUUGUUUAUCUGACACCCCACAAGUACCAUGUUUGCUUCAAAGUUGGAUAUGUUAUUAACAGUCAAAUGCAGUGGUCAGGCAUAGUAGAAGGCGAAUGCCCGGGUGGGAAACCCAUGGUUGGAUCAUGGGCUAAAUUAGAACUAGCCGUGGGAGGCAGUGACGUCAUGAUGUAUUUGAACGGAAAACAUUUGUUUACAUACAAGGCACACUACCCAACUAUAGGAAGAGGAGGCGUAAUUGUUGGCAAUGGAUUUACAAACGUAUUAUCAUUCAGAAACUUUUUAAACUAUAAGACGCAACCAUCGCCGUUUUACUUCCGCUCGUGCGGUGAAGGCACACACAAUAUGAAUGACAGCUUCUUGCUGGACGCGAGUCUACCGAAAACACGUCCUGCAAGUUUUUGCCGUGCCGUCAGUCGAGAAUUAUUAGCAGAGACGACGUCGAUGACGUCAUAUGCUGUCUCGGCUUCGUUCUUCAAUGUUGAUAGUUGGCAAGGUGCAGAUUGGGGGACUUUUGGUUUGAUAUAUAAUGCAAAGGAUAAUGAAAAUUUCGAUUUCUUUCUUCUGAACUUACAAAAAGUGAACGAUUGUUACGAAUACGGUUCCUUGUUCAACGGAGCUCCAAAAUACAACCGUGAUUUCUCAGGAAAGUGUCUCACCGUUCCACCUGCUCGUAAAUGGUUUACUUUAAAAGUUCACGUUAAAAAAGACACUAGUGAAGUUUUAGUCACGUUGAAUGGAAAAGAACUUGCGAAGAUAAAAUCAAGAUCACCUUUCGUGGGGAGGGGCGGAGUCCUUGUUUUAAACGGAUCAAAGAAUGAAGUGAUGUUUAAAGAUUUCCGGACCAAUAUAUAAUGGCAGCUAUUUUACCUACUUGUUGAUGCGCUGUUCAUUUGAUAUAUAUUUCAAUAUAACCAGUGUGGAGAGCUCUACGCCAUGACAUUAUCUUUAAAAAGCGCUUAUAACAGGCAAAAUUUACAUCGCAGAAGUAAAAGAAGUGUACCCUUUUUUCCGGACACGAGGUUGACAUCACUCCUACAUUGUAUAUAUUUAAAGAUCAGUGUAAAAACUUCUCAUUUUUAUAAUUUCAUUUUAACAA